GGUAAGUACUUUGGAGGCCAUCGGAUGUGGAUGUGAAAGGGUUCUGAAAGGGUAGUAAAUACUUUAGUGUGUGUCUCCUGUGCCUUUGGGUCCACAACUUGGCUCAAGCUGUUCCUGUCACCUGUGCGCUCAUGCGAGCGACUCCCGCCAUGCUGAGGACCUGGCUAGUCCUGGCCCUGGCCCCGGUGUGUGCCAGCGACUGCACAGGUGUGCAUUGUGAAGUGGAUGCAGCCGAUGCAGCAGGGCUUCUUCAGGGAACACCGAGACGGCAGGCAGCCCUGCAACAAGAGUCUCACAGAAGUCCGAAUUUUGGGCCCAAUGUGAUUGUGAUCGAGCCCGGAGAGACGCCCGUUGAAUUGCAAGCAAAAUUGCUUGAGCUGUAUAACGCUUACAUUAGCUGGGACGAGCCUGGCCAGUUCGGCAAUCACCGAACGGCUGUGUUCUUAAAGCCUGGCGUGCACCAGGUGGAUAUUUUGCUGCCUUACUAUUUCCAAGUCCUGGGCCUUGGGGCCUCACCCUUGGAUACCAUCGCAAAGCCUGGGCCUGACGGCAUCGGCUUGGAAGUGGGGCAACAGCCAGGCGGUCUACCAAACACGAACACCUUUUGGCGUAGCAUCGAGAACGUGGACAUCCCACAAAACUUGGAUUUCUUCGUUUCGCAGGCGGCACCACUGCGGAAGGUGAGAGUUCAAGGCAAUCUUGCACUGAGUGGUGGUGGCACUGACUAUACCUCCGGAGGCUGUUUGGCCAACUCAGAGAUCUGGGGCGCGAUCCUCACCGGUACGCAGCAGCAGUGGUACACCCGGGGCACGAAGAUGCAGCCCUAUGACCAUCCAGCAGGUCUUGGCAGCUAUGCUGCAGUCGGCUGUGUCUCGCCUUCAGGCAGUCCUUUCCCACCGAGUUACAACGUGGGGGAGGGGGAGCACAAGCCAUGGCAGACCGGGCACUCUGGAGCCACGUACACGGAAGCACCAUCGGUGUUCGCUGAAAAGCCGUUCAUCAUGAUUGAAGAGGAUGAGUACAAGCUUCGCAUUCCAGAGGUCUUAACUGACCAUGCAGGGCCAGAUUGGCAGACUGGGAGUACGGUGGGGUUCGACAAGGUGUUUGUCACCAAUGCGAAUACCACAGCCAGCGAUAUCAACCACGCAAUCAACACAAAAGGUCAUCAUGUUGUCAUUACUCCGGGCGUCUAUGAAUUGGAGGAGCCAAUUGUCAUCAACCGUUCAAACAUUGUGGUCCUGGGUUUGGGCUUUGCGACGCUGGUGCCCAAGAAACUGGACAUUUUCGAAGGCAAAGCAGUGAUUGAGGUGGGCGCAGUGGACGGAGUGCGUUUGGCCAGUGUCUUUGUGCAGGCUGGACCUCAAAAUUCGCCCAACUACACCAAAGCUGUGAAGGCUCUCGUGAGGUGGGGCACUCCCGAUGCGCCUUACGCGGGAAAGAAGGAGAAUCCAGGCUUCAUGUAUGACUUCGUGGCCAGGGUCGGAGGUCCUGAUGAUGUCCCGGCAGGUGUCGGCACCAUGUUGGAAGUAAACAAUGGUUGGGUGAUCACCGACAACACCUGGCUGUGGCAAGCCGAUCAUUGCAAGCAGAACUCAGGCGCUCUUUGUAUACCACAGCGCUAUUCAAACCACUGCUUGGUGGUCAACGGCGACGAUGUGCACAUGUACGGAUUGAUGGCGGAGCACUCCAACAAAGACAUAGUCGUUUGGAAUGGCGAAAGAGGUAAGACCUACUUCUAUCAGAGUGAGUUCAAGUACACAAUGGGAGUACUCAGUGAACCAGAUACCUGGCAGAUUGUCCCCCACUCCGUCAGUUACAAUGUCACUGCCGUAGAUCAUGUGGCGUUAGCAAUGGGAAUUUAUUGUGUGGUGCUGGCCAGCGACGUGGACGAUGACGCGAUACCCAUGGCAAACGUCGACCAACAAGGUGGCUUGCGUGCCAUUUCGGUGAAGCAUUCAGAUACCUACAUUUGGGGCUUCAAGGACAUCUCCACACUCAACUGGAACAUGAACUGGCCGGUGAAUUCCAAGCUGACUUGCAAGGCUUGGAGCGCCGAAACAAAUUCCUGCCUUGAUGACAGAGUGACGGCUCCACGAUAGUGUUUGGCUCCUGUGGAAUCACAUGAAGCCGUUAGUGAAUCAAUUCCUUACGGCCUUACGAAUUUAAAAGGAUUCGUGGGUCCAACUGUCCAACUCUUAUACCAGCAUUUUCAAAUUGUGAAUUGUGAAAAAGAAAGAUAUAUAUAUAUAUAUAUGAGCCAGAAGCACAACUAUUGUCAUUUAGAUUUAAUUGGGAUGUGUGAUGCAAUGAUUCAAUUGGU